UCAGCGCAGGGCGGGGCCAGCGGCCGGGAGCCGGCGGGCGGCUGAGGGAGCGCGAAGGGAGCGGCGACUGUGACCUGCUGCGGGCUCGGCGGGCGGCGCGAGGCGGGUGGAGGCGGCGCCGUUACCCGCCGGCGGCUCAGCUUGGCUCGGAGCGAGUGGGGCGUCCGGGAAGCCAGCGCGCCCGAGCGCCAUGAUCCCUCUGGAGAAACCGGGCAGCGGCGGCAGCUCCCCGGCGGGCGGGGUUCUGAGCGCGCCGCGCCGGCCGCCUCCCUCCCAGGGCCGCGGGCUGCUGACGGAGAUCCGCGCCGCGGUCCGCACCGAGCCCUUCCUGGACGGCUACCGCCUGAGCCCGGGCCGGGAGCUGGGCAGGGGGAAGUUUGCAGUUGUGCGGAAAUGUGUAAAGAAAGAUUCCGGGAAAGAGUUUGCAGCCAAGUUCAUGAGAAAAAGAAGGAAAGGCCAAGACUGUCGGAUGGAAAUAAUUCAUGAGAUUGCUGUGCUUGAACUAGCACAGGACAAUCCUUGGGUCAUUAACUUACAUGAAGUCUACGAAACACCAUCAGAGAUGAUCUUGGUUCUGGAAUAUGCGGCUGGGGGUGAAAUCUUUGAGCAGUGUGUUGCUGACAGAGACGAAGCCUUCACAGAAAAAGAUGUUCAGAAACUCAUGAGGCAGAUUUUAGAAGGUGUUCACUUUUUACAUGCUCAUGAUGUAGUGCAUCUUGACUUGAAGCCUCAGAACAUUCUGCUGACAAGUGAAUCCCCACUGGGUGACAUUAAAAUAGUUGAUUUUGGCCUUUCAAGAAUAAUGAAGACCAGUGAAGAGCUGCGAGAAAUCAUGGGUACACCUGAAUAUGUGGCUCCUGAAAUUCUUAGUUAUGAUCCUAUCAGCACAGCAACAGAUAUGUGGAGCAUUGGAGUGUUAGCAUAUGUCAUGCUUACAGGAAUGUCACCUUUCUUAGGUGAUAAUAAGCAAGAAACAUUCUUAAAUAUCUCACAAAUGAAUCUAAGUUAUUCUGAGGAAGAAUUUGAUGGUGUGUCUGAGUCAGCUAUUGACUUCAUCAAGAGACUCUUAGUUCAGAAACCUGAAGCUCGAGCCACUGCAGAAGAAUGUCUAAGACAUCCAUGGUUGAUACAGAGCAGUGUCCAGGCUCUUCCUCUCAAAGUCAAAGGGGCAUUAGAAGAAGCAGCUGCCCUCCAGGAAGGUGAUUCUGUGCCCAAAACCCAUUCAGGGAUUCAGAAAGCAGAAACUGAGGAAUCAGCUGUACCAGAGGAGUUAAUUGUAGUUGCAUCAUAUACUUUAGGACAAUGCAGACAGUCUGAAAAAGAGAAGAUGGAGCAGAAGGCUAUUUCCAAACGAUUUAAAUUUGAGGAACCUUUGCUACAAGAAAUUCCAGGGGAGUUUAUCUACUGAACAGUUUGUUCUUUUAGAACUGUAAGAUCUCCACAUUGGAAAUACUAAUGUUACUUAUCAACAUCUGGCCAAAGGGUAUGUGAACUGAAUGGGUAACAAAGUCUCACUGAUAGAUACUGAAAUAACUUUGUUAAACCUGUGGAGUUAGAUGAGUCAUCCCAUAUUUGUAAACUUGCCAACCAGGAAAUUCAGGUAAAGGUUUCUGUUUCAUGUCAUUUUUAAGAAGGGAGAUAAUUGUAUCUUUUGUUUCUAUACCCCUUUUCCUUACAAAGGUGUCUGUAUUCACUUUGUUCAAAAACCCAAGUAAAAGUGCCAAAAUUACAUCUUUGUAAAUUUGCUUUGCACUAGUAGUAUGUAAAACUCUAUCUGCAUAUGUAUAUAUUGAUAUCUUUACUAAAUUUGAUACAUCUUUCACUUUGACUGCCUUGGAGGAAACUAAGAUUUUAGUCUAUUUGAAAAUACUUUUCCAAUUUUUGGAGACUAGAGUAACAUCCACAUAGUUUUAAUAUCUUGUUUUUAAAUUUUAUUAGCUUUAUAUUGACUUGAUUUGCAAUCCCUUGUUUGGAUUUUGCCUAAUGCUUAUAAGCUGUCAUGAAAAAUCCUUGCUAGUUCUCUUCUUUGGUUUCACUAGUACUGGUUUAGUUUGGCUUUAACUUCUGAAGUUACUCUGAUUUUUAAGACCAAGGUCAAGGAAUCUUCUAAUAUUAAAUGUGUCAGCUUCUCAGCUGUCUUCCUCUCGUUAUAGCUCACUGAAUACUCUCACAGGGAAGAGCCCUGCUGCCUUUCCACAUUACUUGCUGCUUAAUUUUGGUCAUUUACAAGUGUCAGUAUGAUCUGACUAAUAACAGGCUGUGGAGGAGUUAUAAAGCAUAGUCAUGCUCACCUCAGAACCUCUUAAUUCUGUUGGGUUUCCUCUUAGCCCUUCAAGCUAUGUUAGGAGACAUAAAGCACCAAAAUAUUUAUACACAUUUACUGUGUUCAUUAAAAAAGGGCAUUGGACACUGUUGUUUAGGAAGUAUCCUUGCCCCCAAAAGACUUAUAAGAAUAUGCUUAAUAGAAUUUGAUCAGGAUUACACAGUUUAUGCCUAGAACCUACAAUAAUAGCACAUUCCUCUUAACAAGUGGAAAUGUGGAAGUUUAUGUUCUAUGGUGAAAGCAACUGACUGCCCAUAUCACCCACACAAAGUUUGAGUCUUCAUUCCUCUUUUCAUUUGGCUCUGGGUGUCAGAUGUCUGUGAGUGUAACUUGUAUGCCACCUGUGUACUGUGUAGGUGUGUUGGCCCUGCACAUGUGCUGUUGUAGUGUUGUAGAAACACAUCAGGCCUGUCCCUUUAUGGUCUGCGUAGGAUGACACACAGUUCUCUGUCCUAGCAUGAUUUCUCAAAAUGUCAAAAUUGUAACAAGGACAGCACCUAACCAUCUGCUUUUCUGUAUGUGCAGUGCAGUAUCCUAGACAUUCAUACAUGUGGCCUGGAAUCAUACCAGCCCUGCCUGCUGGGUGUCAGGGUCUGAGAGUUAUUCACACACUGUCGGAUGAAAUUAACAGGGCAGUUCCAACCCUUACGUGGCAUUGUCUUCUCAGCACUUUGAAAUUUAAAAUACAGCUCCUUAAGAACUUGCAUUGCUAAACAAGUUCUGAAAGAAGAAAAGGAGGACUUCUGCCUUAUUGAUAAUUUGCAGUGAAAACCCAGGGCCACAGUUAUGUCUCAGGUAAAUCUUGAAAGAGAUAAAACACAAUUUUAUGCAGUUUGUAAUAUCUUUCUAACAAAAAAAUAGGGAGAUGAGAAAAACUACUCAGUAUUAAAUUAUACAUUUUUGUACUCAAUAUCUUCAGUUUUAAGUUCAGACUCACUUGGACAAUAUUUAGUCUUUCUCUAAACCAUCUUAUAAUAAGUACAUUGAAAAAGAAUCGCUGUAUUUGUGGAUAAAAAGUUUCCUUGUAGCUGCCACUUUGCUGUUUGCAGUGUGCUACAUGUCAGCUUCUUGGUUGCCUUUGGUUUAGGAUUCUGCAAAGCUUUUUUUAGAAGCACUUUAGAAUAUACUUGUAAAGAGGUAUAUUGACUCUAUGUGCUAUAGAAAGCCUUCACAGAUUUGGACCAAAUAAAAUCUUUGAAUCAAUAACUUAA